AAAGAUUAACAAUGUGUUUUAAUAUAAUAAAUGAUAGAUUAAAUAUUACACAAUCAAAAGCAUUAACUUCAAUGUUAAUUGAAAAAGAUUAUAGUGAUAAAGAAAGAUUAAAAAGAACCGGAUUGGCUUGGAGUGUUUAUAUAAGUGAAAUAUUUUUAUCUAUAACUAAUGUAAUGAAUAAGAGAAAAGAAAUAAGACGACAAAGCAAAUUAAUUUUACUUAAUGAAAAUGAGGAAACUACUGAAUUUAAAGAAACAGAAGAAACUUCAUCUAGUAAGAUUGAAGAUAGUACAAAAUUAAGAGGAUGUCUUUCUUCUUUUAAGAAUAGUAAUAGCACACCCCCAUCAAAGAGAAAUUCAAUGGCUACAUCAAAUUUACCUCCCUUACCUCCUUGGACUCCUAAAGUAUCAUUGAUUUCAGCUGUGUGGGAUUGGACACUAAGUUGGAUGACUAAUGAUAAUGAUAGUGAUAAUUAUGAUAGUGAUGAUUAUGACAAAAAUGGUAAAUUAAAAGAAAAGGAAAUGAGGACAAUCAGUAAGGGAAGUUUAGCAAGUAAAUCUAGACAAAAUAAUUGGGAUAUCACAAACAUCAAUGAAUGGAAAAAUAAUGAAAAUAAACCCGAUGAUGAUGGUCCUCUUCAAUUACUAGCAAACACUCAUCAACCUGCUCUGUAUAUGUAUUGGAAUUAAAAUAUUUUGUUUAACUAAUUGUAUGUUUAUAUUAUAUAUUUCUUUUUAUUUAUUUAAUUAUAUUAAUCCCUUAUGUAUGACAUGUGAC